AAUCGAAGCAGGAGAUCGCGAGAAAGUUGACGAUUCACGUAUAACACAGCCGCAAAGAUUCCCAAGAUUCUAACUUUAAUUCUGGAUUUAUAACACAACUACAGCCAUACAAUAUUGUGUGUAGUUUAAGAGAUGGGUAAAAAGAAUAAGGUGGAGGAUGGAGAAAAGCUGACAGACGAAGAAGAUUCUAAAUAUGGCCAUCCAUCCAAAUAUGACCCAACAUUUAAAGGACCAAUAGAAAAUAGGGGCUGUACCGAUGUGAUAUGUUGUAUUCUCUUUCUAGCAUGUUUCGCUGGUCUGUUUGUGGUGGGUUACCUUGCUUGGACCCAGGGUAAUCCUCUGACCCUCAUCAAACCAACAGACACUCUGGGAAAUAUCUGUGGCUACUCAGAUACAGUCACGGACAAGCCCUAUUUGUACUUCUUCAAUUUCCUUGAUUGCCUGAGUUAUUCCACUCUUCUCAACAUCAAGUGUGCUACUACACAGAUCUGUGUGUCGUCAUGUCCGAACUAUACGGCGGCACCUUAUACAUCAGUAGCACUCAGCAUAGCCGAUAAUCUACCAUUAGAUGUAUCUCUCAUCAACUGGGAUAACUUCAUCUGUGACUAUGACUUCGACCCUCAAGCAGAAUACCUCCUUUCGGGUGGACAAUACGAAGGCUCAGAUGGAUUAGCAAAGAUGUUUGAAGAUCAAAAGUGUGCUUCAUAUGUGAUUCCACAAUCUCCUUAUUUGGAUCGGUGUAUCCCAUCUUUCCUCGUCAACUCUCUAAGCACCGUGACAGAAGUAUUCUCAGAAGAUGAAUUUAUUCUUACUGGUUCAGGAGAAAAUAACAAUAUCACAGCAAGCAACGCUGGGCAGCUUUUUGAAACUUCUGUUAAUCUGAUCCUUGAUGUAUUCAAUCUGAUUGAAGUCAUCUAUCAAGAUGUUGCAUCUUCUUGGUAUCUCAUCCUGGCUGGUAUGGGUAUCGGUAUGUUGUUAUCGUUUAUCUUCAUCAUCAUCAUGCGUUGGUUGGCUGGUGUUAUCAUCUGGUUCUCCAUCUUUGCCUUGUAUGCCGUCCUCGGAGUGGGUAUCUAUUAUUCAUACUACAUGUAUAAGAGCUUAGAGGGCGUAGAUGGAGCGGAUGCUGCCCUCACAUUCACAUCAAACUUGAGCAGUUAUCUCAGACUUCAAACAACAUGGCUUGUCUUUGGUAUUAUCUUGUCAGUGGUCCUGGCUAUACUGCUUCUAAUGACACUAUGUCUCUGCACUCGUAUACGUAUUGCUAUCUCACUUAUUAAAGAAGCAAGCAGAGCAAUUGGGCAUAUGAUAUCAACACUCUUCUGGCCUAUUCUACCAUUCUUGCUGGAAUUGAUUGUAGUAGCACUAUGGGCUUGUAUUGCAGUUUAUCUCGCCACGUCCCACCAGGCCAUGUAUGUAGUGUACAACGCUCCAUCAGACUAUGGGCUUGCUAACGGCACAUCAUGUGAUGUUGCUACCUUUGCGUCCAACAACACCACCGCCCACUGUGGUUUCCAGGAGUAUGCACUUCCUUACUACACCAUCUACCUACAGUUCUACAACCUCUUCAUGUUCUUCUGGUUGGUCAACUUUAUGAUCGCCCUUGGUCAGAUCACCCUGGCUGGAGCAUUUGCUUCCUACUACUGGGCUUUCACCAAACCACAGGACAUUCCUGCCUUCCCGCUCUUCAAGUCAUUCUAUAGGUCUAUUAGGUACCAUCUUGGAUCUAUUGCCUUUGGGUCUCUGAUUAUUGCUAUCAUUCAGAUUAUCAGAGUUUUGCUGGAGUACGUAGAGCAGAAACUUAAAGGGAAAGCUGAUAAUGACGUAGUGAAGUACAUUAUUAAAUGUCUCAAGUGUUGUUUCUGGUGCCUGGAGAAGAUCAUGAAAUUCCUCAACAAGAAUGCAUAUAUUCUGAUUGCAAUCUAUGGGAAGAACUUCUGCACGUCAGCUAAGAAUGCCUUCUUCCUUCUCAUGAGGAAUAUUGUCAGGGUUGCAGUAGUGAACAAGCUGACUAACUUUGUACUCUUCAUGGGAGAGUUGCUAGUCGUCGGGGCAGUGGGCGUGGCUUCAUUCUUUUAUUUCACCAAUCAGAUUUCCUUCAUAUCUAACUUGGUCACCGUACCAGAUCUCACAUACUACUGGAUACCUAUCAUAGUAAUUGUAGUAGGUACAUAUUUCAUAGCAGUCUGCUUCUUUGGAGUCUAUGACAUGGCUGUUGAUACACUCUUCCUAUGCUUCUUGGAAGAUCUUGAGAGACAUGAUGGCUCUGCAGAAAAACCUUACUACAUGUCAAAAGAACUCAUGAACAUCGUCGGCAAGAAGAACAAAUUCGGUAAAGGCAAAGGUGACGAUGACGAUGAUUAAACAGUCUCAACAAGGCAACACAACCGGACUCAACAAGCAAUAUGCUUUGCAUUUGAUGGAUAAGAUAAUGAAAACCAUUGUUUAAAAGAAAUUGAUAUGGUUUGUUGAGAAUGUGGAAUCAAUCCAUUGGUUUAUGUUAAGCAUCCAUGCCAAGGUCAAUCAUAUUCUGAUUGUGACGUGUAGAGAGAUUGACCUUUAAAAUUCAGAGUUACAUACAUCAAACGUCAGUAAGGCCUGUUUGGACAAAAAGUGGCAAAUUUGUAAGUUUGUUCAAGCUGGUAUGAAUUUUAAUUGGCUUUUCAAAUGACCGAGAGAUAUAUUUUUAAAUAUAUUUAUUGACAUUAAAUUUCUAGUCAUAAAAAGAGGAUACUUUUUAUUUCUUUUUUUUUAAAUUGGAAUUGCAGAAGUAUUCUACUGAAUACAGAAUUCCUUUGAAAGCACAAAGCCAUUACGCAUAGUGUCUUUUUGGCUGAAAAGAAAGCAAUAAGAUUUUAGUGGUAAGAUGAUAAGGUGGCGUUUUUAAACAGAAAUUAGGUAUCAAUAUUUGAAAUUUUUCAUAUUCGGGUAAUACUUUUAUGGCCUUUGUAUACCAUUUAUAUACUGUGUGCUCUUUAUAUACAUGUAUAUGGAAAGAUGAAAUUAAAAGUUUAUUAAGAAUUUCAUUUUCAUGGAGGUUUGUGCUUUUAAUACAUUUCAGGCUGAGAAUCAAUGGCUGAUAUUUUGUGCUUAUAAUGCUUGACCAGAAAGAUAAGUCUUGAGGAUGUUAACAUUUUUUACGGAAUGUACAUGUAGAGUUUAUAGAUUCAGGUUGGUACAGUACUAUGUGCUUAUAAAAGUAAAGGUGAAACUUCUCCCUUUAUCAACGCAUCUUUUAACUUUUUUCAUUGCGUUUUCAGUGAAAAAAAAAAUCUUCCAAAGUUAAAAUAUAUGCAUGUGCUCCAUUAUAGUUAUGCAGAUUCUUUAAUGAAGUCUAUGAAUAGAAUUGAUAAUAUGAUUCUGUUAUAAAUGAUGCGUAAUGAAGUUAAAAUUUAGUACGUAAACCCAAGAAUCCUGCAAUGAAUUAGAAAGUGCAUUUGAUGAAGUUGAAACAAAUUAGGGAAUAUUAUAGUUAAAGGUCAUAACCGAUGGUGUGGGAACGCUGUGAGCAUGCAGACAAAAGUUAGGAGUUCAAACCAUUGUUUAACACACAAAAACACUCCCGGAACUACGUUUGACCUGGAAAUGGUAUCACAAGUCUUAGCAGUCAUCGUAGAAGAAUAUCUUAACAAUUGAUUGCAUUAACCACAAUGUACAAUCAGUCGUUAAAAUGAAGGGUACAAACAUACCUACUGCUAAUAUCAAAAGUAGAAGUCAACUCUUAAAUGUAUAUAUGUAAUGUAUUUUAUAAACUGUAUUUGUACUAUAAAGUGUCAACACUGUGGACCAAGCUAUGUACACAAUAAUUAAAUUUUAUUGAAGAAAAAUGGUUUUUAUUCACAUUUAUAGUGUAUCUUGAAGAACGCUUGGAGGUGCAUGUACACAGAAAUAAAAUGUUCAAUGUAUUUGUCAUAUUGCUAUCGAGGGUACAAGUAUUGUACAAUCAAUACGUGCAUAUUCCAGCUCAACCCAACUGUAAAUCACAAAUGAAGGUUUUUAUCAUUUUAAAGCAUAAAUUUGCUCUAUCAAACUACAUGUAUAUAGAAUUAGAUAUUUCAUCUUGUCCAAUUUAUUGUGGAUUUGAGCCUGGCUGGCACAUAUUGUAUUGCAUUAAUAAAUUGUGUGCGUGCUGUAUAGU